CCCCCCCCCCCCCCUCACUGCGGUCCGUCCAGGGUGCAGCAGACUGCAGUCUCCCUCCCUCACUGCACUGCUCCUCACGCUGCUGGGACCAUGGCUUUCCUCUCCAUGUUUGCGUUGGCGGCCGUUGUGCUCUCUGCCGGAGGAAGUGUUGGGCCGAGUACCAACAGCAGCUUCUGCACCGAGUCCAAGGAGUGCCUGGAGUACCAGCUGGUCUGCAAGACUGACGAGUACGAGGUGCGACACUACAGCCCCACCCGUUGGGUGUCCACUGACGCAGAGGCCUACUUCAUGGGCGUGGGGGCAGCCAUGGCCUUCAGGAGACUCUUCCAGUACAUCACUGGAGCCAACGAGGGAGGCUUCCAGAUGGAGAUGACCGCCCCGGUACUGGUGAGAAUCCAGGAGGAGACCCGGAUGUGGGAGCCGGCCGUGUACUCGCUCAGCUUCCCGCUGCCGGCCGCCUAUCAGGAGGAGCCGCCGGCGCCCACCAGCGACAAGCUGUACUUCACGGAGAUGCCGGAAAUGGACGUCUACCUGAGGAGCUACGGCGGCUGGAUGCUGUCGGUGACGUCGCGGCUUCACGCUCACCUGCUGAACAAAGAGCUGGGGAGGGUGGGGGCUUCCUACAACCACAGCUUCCACUACGGGGUCGGCUACGACAGUCCCCUCAAACUGUUGAACAGGCACAAUGAGGUUUGGUACGUGGCCGAGGGGGAUCCGGUCUGCAAGGAUCCACAGGAGCCGACCCCCGCACACACCCCCAGGGUCACUCCUCCCAACUCCCCCACAGACUCACCAACCGAGCCCCUCCCCCACACUCUCUAUAGCUCACCCGCCCUCCCCCCCUCCAACGUUUCCUCACCCUCCUCUUCCCCCGUAGCGCCCUCCGACACCCCCGCAGCCCCCCCGUCCAGCGCUCUGCUUGGCUCCUCCUCCGACGCCCCCAUCCAGGUCUCGCAGGACCUGACCGCCAACUCCACGGCCUCCGGCUCCGCCAUCUGGUCCCCGGAGUACGUGGGGAACGGCACAGCCGGCGGGGGCUCAGCCCUGGAGGCCGGCGCCGCCCAGUAGCUUCAGGGGGAUUUACAGUGUGAGUCUGAGUAGAAAGAAGCAGGUGUUCCUGUAGCUCCUCCUCUAGGUAUGUUCUCUGCGCCCUAUCACAGCGUUGCACCUGCAGCUUCCUGUCCGCUCUGUAGUUCUGAGCUUAUCAGCCGCUUCAUAGAAUUAGAUAAGACAUGUUCAUCGCCACGGUUACGGUGUGGAGUUCAAGCUUAAAACUAACGAGCAGCUAUAAGGAGCUCCAUGGAGCCUGCUCAGUGACACGGUGACCUAUCAGAGGAAACACUCCAUGUCACUCGCCAUUCUUCUUCUUCAGUCAAUAUGCUACCAGCCUCUUGUCUGCGUCCGGCUUCCUGUCCGCUGAUCUCGUGAUAUUUGAGCUGCUAUGUUGGACAAUCAUCAUGGUCGUUAGGAUCAUCUUCCUAGAGCAGUAAUACUGUACGGCAUCUGAAGAAGGAGAGGUUGUGACCUUUACCUUCUGACUUCUUCUCCUUCUACAUCCUUUACCAGGGGUGCCCAAUAGGUCGAUCGCCAGGCAGUGCCAGUAGAUGUCAGGUGACCACGCAUGCUCCAAUGGAAAACUUGGUAGUGCUAAUUAGCGAUCCUUGCUUACUAACGGACACAUUUCAUUUAAGAGCAACACCGACUCCAAUCAAGUCAUCCAGUAAGGUGAUGACCAUCGUCUGACAGAUGAGCGGCUCCUUGUUUUUUAUAUUGAUUUGUGAACUCACAUGAUGUAGCGUUGUUGUUCCGUUUGAUUACCGCUACUACCCCCCGUCGCCUCGCCGCGGCUUGGUCGAUUGAAAAGGGUGGGCACCCCUGUCCUAUUCGAUGAUUUCUUCUUCUACUACAUCCUACACUAUGAGCUACGUCGCUAGUUAGCAUUGAUCUCUAGCUGAGCUGCGCAAUAAAAACAUGUGACUAACUCCUGGUA